CAAUUAAUAGGCCAUGCUCCAGCUCCUUUGGCUUCCCCCAUUAAUUAAUAGGCCGUACUCUAGCUUCUCAACAGUCAUUGAAUUCGAAAGCCAUGGCUUCAACAAAGAACGACUACGUUGUCUACUCCCCUCUCCCUCCCAACCCCACCGCCCAAAACGUCGUCUUCCUCCCUGUAUACCACCCCGCUCCAACACGACGCCGUCUUCUCCUCCGCAAAUUCCUCAUUGGCGCCACCUCUCUCCUCCUCCUCUCCCUCUCCAUCUAUUUCCUCUACCCCUACGACCCCACCAUCCAACUCGCCCGCCUCAGACUCAACCGCAUCAAAGUCAACUCGUCCCUGGGACUCACUCUCGACCUCUCGUUCUCUCUCACCGUCAUGGUCCACAACCGUGACUUCUACUCGCUCGACUACGAUUCCCUCGACGUCUCGGUGGGGUACAGAGCGAGAGAGCUAGGGUUUGUGAGCUCCCAAGGUGGCCACGUCAGGUCCAGAGCUUCGUCGUACGUGAAUGCCACGCUCGAUCUCAACGGAUUGGAGGUCAUUCACGAUGUCUUUUACUUGCUUGAAGAUUUGGCCAAGGGAGUGAUCCCUUUCGAUACUGAUACCCAAGUCAAUGGCGUGUUAGGGUUCUUCUUCUUCAAAAUUCCUCUCAAGGCAAGAGUAUCCUGUGAGGUGUAUGUAAAUACAAACAACCAGACAAUUGUCCACCAGGAUUGCUACCCUGAGUGAUGGGGUAGAUAUUAUAUAAAUGCAGCAGAGAUUCUUAAUGACAAUUGACAAGAUGGAAGCUGAACAUUGAGUUGGGUGUCGGAGGUAAAUUACUGAAGGCCUUGGGACCCAAGUGAAGAAUACAAAUACCUGAUUCCUGUUUAUUCUCAGUGCAUUUGUGGCCCAAAAUUCUGAGGGAUGAUUGGUAUGGUUUGUAUUGGUCUUAGUCUGGGUGUUGAACCAGCAGAUCUUCUGUCAAACUCUCUUUUUCUCCUGUAUAUAUAUGAAGAGAUGAAAUACAGUCUUUGUGAUAUGGUGUGACCUUUUCUAAAAUCUCAGGAAUAAUUAGAAUAUUUACUUUACA